CAUCUAGUGUCACAAUCGUUGCAAGUGGGGAAAUAAAGCGCCUAACACGAGAGGCUGAUUCGAUUUGGAAGCAGUUUGCUGAGGUGUUGGCAACAAAGUGUUUCAGCCCCUGCCUUCUGGGAUGGCUCUCUCCUGCUCACUGAGACUGAUACGCCUGCGCGCUUGCUGGCCAGUGAGUCUGAAACAGGCUUCUUUGAGCUCUGUACCAGAUGAGGACUGCAGACAGGUGGCAGGGAGGAAUGAAGCAACGAGGAAAAGGUGGAUGAAGGAGAAAAAGCCUAGACAGGGUUGCAGCUUGCCAGGCCUGGAGUCCUUCUGGAAAGAGAGGCUAACCAAUGUGGCAACUCCAUUGUGGAGAUUCCCCUAUGAAGAACAGCUGAAGGUGAAGUCUGAGAGUCAGAAGAAGGUGUUGCAGACACUGGCUUCUUGUCUGAGGGAGCUUGGUACAGACAAGCUGGAAAUCACACAAAGGCCAGAUGGGCUUUGCUGUCCCCUCCAUUCUGUUGUCCCCUCUCCCGUCAUUAAUGGCUACCGAAACAAAUCCACAUUUUCUGUGAACAAAGGACCUGAUGGGAACCCGAAAACUGUGGGGCUCUAUGUGGGAACUGGCAGAGCAAGGAAUAUUGUCUGUGUGCGAGCCAACCACCUGGAAAACAUACCCGAAAAACACAAACAAGUGGCCCAGUACUAUGAGGAAUUUCUUCAUCAGUCCCCACUGGAUCCCUGCCUCCUGUUUCACCAGGGUGGCCACUGGCGCGAGCUCAUAGUACGCACCAAUAGCAGUGGACACACCAUGGCCAUCAUCACCUUCCACCCCCAGGAUCUCAGUCAGGAGGAACUGUGUACUCAGAAAGCAUUGCUUAAGGACUUUUUUACUUGUGGGCCUGGAGCAGUCUGCAACCUGACCUCACUCUAUUUCCAAGAGAGCAUCAUGACUCGAAGUUCCCACCAGCAAUCCCCCUAUCAGCUCCUCUAUGGAGAACCAUAUAUCUUUGAGGAGGUCCUGGGCUUGAAGUUCCGCAUCUCUCCAGAUGCCUUUUUCCAAAUCAACACAGCUGGGGCAGAAGUUCUGUACCAGACAGUUGGGAAAUUAAGCCGGGCUGAUAAGAACACUGUCCUUCUUGAUGUCUGCUGUGGAACUGGUGCCAUUGGUCUCUCUCUGGCUCACCAAGCAUCUAAGGUUGUUGGUGUCGAGGUGGUGGAGCAGGCUGUAGAGGAUGCCAGAUGGAAUGCAGCAUUCAAUGGGAUCUCAAACUGUGAGUUUCACAGUGGAAAGGCGGAGACGGUGUUACCGCAGUUCCUGAUGUCGCGAGAGGAUGACCGGCUCCUUGUUGCAGUGGUAAACCCAUCCCGGGCUGGACUCCAUUAUCGUGUGGUGCGGGCCAUUCGAAACUGCGAGGCCAUCCGUACAUUGAUCUAUGUUUCCUGCAAGCCUGAAGGAGAAGCCAUGAGGAACUUCCUUGAGUUUUGCUGCCCACCAGACUCUGGGAAGAAGCUUGUGGGAAAGCCUUUUGCCCCUCUAUUGGCUCUCCCGGUUGACAUGUUUCCCCACACUAUUCACUGUGAGCUGGUGAUGCUCUUAACUCGCUGAGAGGCCAUCCUGGUUUAUGUGUUUUCCUAAAAAAACAGGACUUUAUAGCUUUAAAAGUUGAGGGUGAGAAAGAACUACAAAUAUUCAGAAAGCUGGAAUGGUCAUGGCUCUGAUUUAAUUUAUUCUUUUGAAAGUUGUAAAUUAAAACUCUUUUGGGAAUUCUCAGCCUGCCUCGCUGUGCUGUCCCUUGCAUAUCCUAUGAAGUAUGAAGCCAGUGUGCACUGAGAUUUUCUGUGUGAAAAGAUCCUCUAUUGUAGUUUCUCUUUCCCACUCAAACCCUAUCCCUUUUGCCAGGCUAUCAAAAUGGUUUAGACACUUCUUAACCACUACUCUACUGUUCUGGGUUUUCAUGGGCAGGAUUUGGUGAAACUGCUUUAAAUAUACUAAAUACAAGUCAAAUCCUUUGUACUUUCAGUACUAUUGCCAUGUUAUUUAGAUAUCAUUGAACUAGGGCUGUCAAUUAAUCAAAGGUUUCAGAGUAGCAGCCGUGUUAGUCUGUAUCCACAAAAAGAACAGGAGUACUUGUGGCACGAGACUAACAAAUUUAUUUGAUCAUAAGCUUUCGUGGGCUACAGCCCACUUCAUCAGAUGCAUAGAAUGGAACAUAUAGUAAGAAGAUGUAGAUAGAUAGAUAGAUAGAUAGAUACAGAGAACAUGAAAAAGUGGAAGUAGCCAUACCAACUGUAAGAGGCUAAUUAAUUAAGAUGAGCUAUUAACAGUUAACUCACGCGAUUAACUCAAAAAAAUCGCAAUUAAUUGCACUGUUAAACAAUAGAAUACCAACUGAAAUUUAUUAAA